ACAUUACGUAGUUUCCAAGCGAUUCAGAGUUAUUUUGACGCCGGCCGUUGAAAAGUGAUCCAUAAAAUUGAUCGAUAAGCCGAAAGUCAGCCUUAUCGCCAAGAACUCGACUGGGAGAGCAGAGUAGCACAGUUCCAGAGUACCAGAGUACCUGGAGCAGACCCAUUACGAAUAGCCGAUCAUAUCUCUGUUCUGGAGCAUUAGCAUCGGAUGGCAUGGCUUAUCCAUUUGGGUGCUUAUCAGUUGCAGGUCGCCACGGGGCUUUCAGCUCGAUUUCAGUUGGGUUCCAGCAGCGGAGCAGAGCAGUCGGUUCGCGAUCAGUGCGAAUCAGCAGAUCCACGUGCCGAGCAUAGAAACUAGCCAGUAAAUACAUCACCAGAUCGGCAAUAAAACACGCAGUGACUACUGAUAAGAGUGCAGGCAAUAAAACAAAUACACAUCAAAUAGACAAAAAUACGGCUACAAAAAUACAAAAAUACGUAUACAGCCAAGAUGAUGUCACAUACGGUGAGGGUCUUCAAGAUGAUGUACAUCGUGGCGGGCAUCCUCAUCAGCAACGCGGAGAUCUGCGACACAGUGGACCGCAUACAAAUAGCGCCACGCGUCGACCUGAAGCCGGAACUGUGCCUGACAUCCGGGGGCAACAGCCCCGGCUCCCGAUCCCGCACCCACUCUCGCCAAAACUCCGGAAGCGCAUCCGCAUCGGAGGAAGGAUCGCCCACCAAGAAGCGCAGAGUCAGCGUUUCCGGUAUCGCGGGUGGCGUGGUCAGGGGCGUCACUAGCCAGGUCUCCAAGAGAGUGGGCCACCGCUUCGUCUGGCUAUCCGACAUCCGGCUCAUCCUCAAGCAGUGGCGACUCCUGGCCCUCAGCUUCAACCUGUGGACCAUUCCCAACUUCGUGCUGCAGUGCCUCACCAGCUACAUGAGCAAGAAGCUGCUCAUCAAUAGCGACUGUGAUAUGAUCUACAAGUAGGAUUAGGAUAUUGGGUACUGAGUAGUAGGACAGCGCGCCGAGAGGUUGCGAUUUAUUGUUACUUUAGUUUUUACAUAGCUUUAAAUCUGAAUAAACAACUGCUAGACAUAGAUAAA